UGACACCUACUACUAUGACCACAACGACGAUGCCUACGACAACGACUACUCAGCCUUCGACAAGUACAAAGCAACCUAACACAGAGCAUACAACCAAAGGAAAUAAAGAUACAGAAUCCACCAAGGAAACUCCCGCUAACAAGAAUACAAAUACUACAGUAACACAGGUGACUACGUCUUUGAUUACAUCAAAAUCUCCCAACACCCCAGCUUCCACAGUUGACAGGACCACACAGUAUACUUCAUCUUUUCCCACCACUCUUGUAACUACAAAAAGACGACGUGUGACUUAUUUCCCUACUACAACGUAUACUACAACUUAUACAGCUAGACUUCCUGAGAGGAUUACCAACAUAACCAGAGAAUAUAUUCGACCAGAGAAAAUAGUCACACCCUUAUUAUAUAAAGAUAUGCCUGAACAGACGAACUUGUGUAAUGGGAAGCCUGCAGAUGGGAUUGUCCCUUUACAAAAUGGAUCAUUAGCUGUAUUCAGAGGUCAUUACUACUGGUUGCUGGACGGAGCUAGCUCACCAUCCCGUUGCCCUCGUAAGAUCACUGAGGUGUGGGGCAUUCCGUCCCCCAUUGACACUGUCUUUUCUAGAUGUAACUGUGAUGGCAAAACCUUCUUUAUCAAGGAUUCUCAGUACUGGCGCUUCACCAAUGACAUAAUGGAUUCUGGCUAUCCCAAGCCCGUUUUAAAAGGAUUUGGAGGAUUAAAUGGGAAAAUAGUAGCAGCCCUCUCUGUAGCAAAACACAAGAGCAGGCCAGAAUCUGUAUAUUUCUUCAAAAAAGGAGGCAAUGUUCAACAAUACACCUACAAGCAAGAAAGUGCUAAGAAGUGCAAGAAGAAAAUUGUGACUGUGAAAUACCCGGCUUAUAAACCAAAAGCUGUGAUCAGGAGGCAUCGGCGACGCUUUCAGCGUGCAGUCAGACCUCACCAGAUUUUCCGCACUGUCAGAAUCAGACAGUACCCUGUCAUUCAGAUCACCCGUCAACCAACACGAGUGUUGCAGCCAGAGGUCAAAAUCGCAUCAUACUGGAGAGGAUUUCCAAAGGAAGUGAAUUCUGUUAUCUCAGUGCCUAAUGAGCGGAAGUCAGAUGGCUAUGAUUACUAUGCUUUCUCUAAAGAUCAAUAUCACCAUGUGGACGUGGCCAGCAGAAUAGCAAGACCCGUCACAUUGCUGACUGGCCAAACGGCAUCCAAGGCAUGGUACAAGUGUCCUUCAGAGUGAU